GCGGCGAAGCUCAAAGCGGAGUGCACCGAGUCCGUCGAGGCCCGCGAGCAGCUCGAGGAGCAGCUGCGGGGGCUGCGGGCGGAGGCUGCGGAGGGCGACUCGGCCGCCGCGCUGCGCCUCGAGCUGCAGGAGUCCAGGGACGCCGCCGCGUCCGCGGACCAGCAGUUGGAGGCUAGCCGACAGGAGCACAGGAGCCAGCAGGAGGCCCUGAGCGCCUCGCUCCAGGAGGCGCGGUGCGCCGCCGAGCUCCGCGGGCGGCUCGACGAGGCGGAGGCGGCACGGGCGGCGCUGGAGGCGAGCCUGCAGGAGCAGGGCAGCUCGGCGGAGGGCCUCAAGGCGGCCUGCCCGCCGCGCGCGGGGCGUGCAGCUGCGAUGGCUCUCGACCCUGCGGCUCUACGGAUCAUGCUGAAUGAGAUUCUACGGCCGAUAGAUGCCCAGAUGAACUCGAUGAACACAUCGUUCGCUGGCCACCUGACGGCUAUCAAAGAGAUGGAUGGACGGCUCUCUGCAGGGGUUCAGCAGAACACAGCCACCAUCAACUCCAUGAAGGACGACAGUCAGGCUCAUAGCGUACGCAUGGACGAAUCAGAGCUCAAAUUUCAGAGGCAGCAGCAGGGAACAUAUACUGACAUGGAGCAGGACGAUGGGAUGGCAAGCGCAUAUUCGGCGACAGUGAGAUUGCAAAGUCUCGAGGCCAGCUUCGCGGAGAUGCAGCGCAAAAUGGACCAGCCACUCUCAGACCCAUGGGACAUCAAGAAGAAUGGCUACAUCCUUGGGCUCAUCUGGAAGCAGAUAUGCGCUUACAUGCGCACGAACGGCUGCUGGACACCUACGACAGUGCUCGCCUGCAACAAGUACCAGGGCCUUUGCUACACCACCGUGCGCGACGAGCCGAUCGAUUUGGUGAUGCUCUCGUCUUGGACGGAAUCCGAAGUGGCGGUCGAGACGUGCGCCCAGGAGCUGCGCAGCUUCGGCCUCACAGAGCAGCAGGUCCAGGACUUGCCAGCCGCGGUCAACAGCGCCUACCACGAGUAG